AUGUCUCAUCGACGGCGACGGAUCCGCCAACGUGAUACCGUCAUGCUCCUUCUCCCUAACUCGCCGGAGUUUGCUCUCUGUUUCCUCGCCGUCGCUUACCUCGGAGCCGUAUCCACCACCGCGGAUCCGUUCUAUACAAAGUCAGAGAUUGAGAAACAAGCAAAAGCCUCCGCCACGAAGAUGAUCAUCACGAAGUCAUUGAUCUUACCAAAGUAG